AUGGCUAGUCCAAGAAUUGCUCAUGGUGAUGGAAUACCAACACCAAUAGAGCUCGGCAAUUUAUUCACAACUUCUCACCAGUGUUGUGUAUCACUAAAAUCAGACCUAUCCGCCAGCCUGCGAGGACGCGUCGUUCCACGGCAGACAGCGGUCAAUAGCCAGCGGAAGAAAUCCGCGGCAGUGCUCCGAGAUGGGCUGAUUGCCAGCCUGAGGGACUACUGUGCCAACGCAUCCGUCCAUGGCCUCAGAUUCCUCGUCGAUGCCGGAUAUCGCUUACCAGAGCGGCUGGCCUGGGCCGGGACCUGCCUGCUGGCCGUGCUGGGGGCGGUCGUCAUGUCGCUGGAGGUGGCGCACCGCUUCGGCUCCAGGACCACCAUGACCGUCGUCGAGUCCACCAACUACCCCGUGUACGAGGUCGCCUACCCCGCCGUCGUCGUCUGCGACAACAACCGCGUGCACUGGGACAAGCUGCUGGACUAUGAGCGCAGGCAGCUGUCAGAGCUGGACGCCGACACGCGCGCCGUGUUCCGCAGCCUGGUGACAUCGCUGGCGCAGAUGGAGUGGGCCGACUUCGACCUGUUCACCCGCAAAGACCUCGCUAAUUACCGUGCCCUCGACACGCUGUCACACGUCAACUUCUCCGACGUCAUGAAGCAGGUGAUGCCUAAGUGCGAGGAGUUUUUCCACAAUGCCUGCUACUGGCGUAGCGAGACGCGGAACUGCUGUGAUAUCUUCGAAGUCCUGUUGACCGACAUAGGAUAUUGCUUCGCAUUUAACUCCUUAUUCAACCACAUGUCAAGGACACACUCGCGGGACGGGGAGCUGCUGCCGCGUCGAGUGUCCUCCUCUGGCAAGUGGUCGGGGUUGCGCUUCGACGUUAACACCUCCUCCCUGCAGCCGCCAGGGCUAAGCGUGCAGAGGGGCGUUGUGGUGUCGGUGAACGAGCCGACUGCGUUGCGGAUGGACGGUCUGAUCGUGGGCUCAGACCAAAUGGCCCUGGUGAGGGUGUCGAGCGACGUGACGUACACGACGCAUACGGUGCGAUCGCUGCGGCCGGGGGACCGAGGCUGCCUGUACAGCAACGAGAGGGACACGCUGCAGCAGGGCGCCUACUCGUACGCCAACUGCCGACUCGAAUGCUUCCGCCAGUACGCCAUCGCCACCUGCGCGUGCCUGCCCUACUUCUUCCCACCAGCCGGCAACCAGAAUACAUGUACCACUGUUCAGUUCAAGUGCUUGUAUGAUAACAAUGAAAACCUGGAAGCAACAAUCCGUACUUUGACGAAGGCCGCGCGGGAAUGGUGUGCACCUGCCCAGCAGAGUGCGACAGCCAGACGUACAGUGCCGAGUUGUACCCCAGCGAGCACAGUGUCUUUUGGGGGCACGGCGGGUCUGUUCUUGGGAGCCUCGGUGCUGAGCGCCGUGGAGCUGGUCUACUUCCUCGUGUUCCGCACUUGGCUGCACGUGCGAGCCGCCCGCGCCGCCCACCCCAGGCCGGCGCUGGUCCCCUAUUGGCUGCCCUAG